AUGCCAGCCUCGUCAACCCGCAUCUUCCCCGCAACGGAUGUCAACACACUUUCACUUGCUGAUCUCCUCACCUUUGCGUGCGGCGCCCAAGAAAGUCAAAAUGAGCCCCUGCAGUUUCGCGAAGCGUCUCCGAUGAUGCCGGCCCAUCAGCAAGGCCCAGGAGUUUCAGCCGCAAAGGAAGACAGCUUUCGCCAACUACACGAGAGUGUCGAGACACAAACUCGCACCAAUGGACUGAAGCCCAAAGCUUGCAACAACUGUAGACAGCAAAAGUUGAGGUGUGAGUUGACGAGGCUUGAUGCUCCAUCAUCAAAUGUCUGUUCGCGCUGCCGAAGACUGGACUUGGACUGCAGAGUAGAUGAUACGUUCAAGAGGACGCGCAAGCGGAAGAAAUCCACGGAAUUGGAGGAAGAAAUAAACAAGCUCAAGCGCCAAUUAUCGGUCUAUGAAGACAAUGCUCUCACAAACUUGGCAGCUCCUUCUGUUCCAGAUCGUGACUCCAGAGACUUGUCAGACCCAUUGAAGAACCGGAUUUUUUCGACUACGGUGCCUGUUGGGAUGUCACCAGACUCUCCCAAUGGUAUGUGCCUGCCAGGCGCAACAACAAUUCCGAAAGGCGGUCUCCUUGACAGCCGUUCUACCAGCAAGGGUAGAGUGAUUCCGUCGCGGAAUUUACGCGACGUUGAACUGUCAAAGGAGGUGAUCAAUGAGCUAUUCCGCAUAUAUUUCUCGCAUUACCAUGCAUAUCUACCGUUUCUGGACCCGGGAAUUUCUCCUACCCAAUACUACGACAGUUCAACUCUUCUUUUCUGGUCCAUCAUUUCCGUUGCAUCUCGUCGAUAUCAGUCAGACCCUACCCUUUUGACAAGGCUCGCAAGAGCAGUUACAGAUCUUUUGUGGAAAUCCCUGCAAACAGAACCACAUUCCUUAGGUGUUAUUCAGAGCUUGGUUCUUCUUUGCACAUGGCCCUUCCCAACGAGCAGCAGUACAACUGACCCAACUUACACUCUUUCUGGAAUGAUAAUACAACUUAGCAUUCAGAUGGGCCUUCAUCGUCCUAGAAGUCCGCUUGAUUUUACCAAAUUUCGCGUUAACCUCAGUCCCCAUGAUGUCGAAGACCGGCGGAGGACAUGGAUUGCUAGCAACAUCGUGACGCAGAGCAUAAGCUUUGGUGUUGGACUUCCAACUCCAGCGCAACUAUGUGACUGGUCCAUUGUUGUGUCGUCGCUUGAGGGUCCUCGGAAAGAUGAAGAUUUGCAUGCUCAUCUGAGAUGUGCUUCGACGUGCAACAGAAUAUCCCAAGCUCUCGCUUCAAACGCUUCGGACCCUAUGGGGCUUUUGCCAACUCGGGAGAGGCUCCCUCUCUACACGAUUUUGAACCAGGAGAUUAUCGAUUUGGAGACUAGCAGGGUCUGGACCCCAGCCACUACCGCGUUCUAUCUCUACGUUGUGAAGCUUCAUCUCCAUGCAUUCUAUCUUUUCGACGAACCGACAGCUUUGGGCUAUCUGGAGCGCAUCAUAGCGCUCUAUUCGACCGCUACAUCGGUCGUCGAACACGUCCGCAAUCUGGACAACCAGUCUCUAGAUUUUUUGCGCUUCUGCCCACUGUUCUGUUACGAAGCCUUCCUGUGCGCGGUCUUCAUUCUGCUCAAAGUCGUGAAGAACGAUUAUUUUGCCGCAAUUAUUGACGCAGAUUCGGGCAAAGGGCUUGUCAACUUCUCUGUCUCGGCGCUGAGGAAAAUCUCAGUGGUCAAUAAUGAUUUACCAGGGAGACUCAGUGAUGUGAUCGCCUACCUCUGGACACAUCCUAAUCCAUCUAUCAUUGGUGGCAUUGGGAUGGACGGACUUCAACUGAAAGUCAGGAGUCGAAUGAGUAUGAGCAUUGUGUAUGACUCACUGUGGAGAUGGCGGGAGCAGUUUCGUACCGAAGCUGAAAGCACCCACCCGCAAGACCUCAACAAUGAUGCACCUGCAUCCGGUGGCGUUAAUGAGGUCUUUGACAACGCCUUUGAUUUGAUGGAGUUGAAUGGCAUAUACUCAGAUGAUCUUCAACUCGACUGGUUCACUUAA